AUGGCGAGACCUUUGGAAGACUCAACUAAGAAAACACCCAUGCAAAUGCAAAUAGAAGACCAGGAAAAGUUCAAACUCGUCAACAAGGAAAUCGACAAUCUCACCAAUCCCACCCUCGAACCACUACUCCCGAUCGAAGAGCAAGAGAGGAUCCGCAAGCUCGAAAAGGACAUCAGCGUGGCGGCUCUCCGCGAGACCAAUGUCGAAUUCGGGCUCGAGGCGAAUGAGAGCCACGAGGGACUCCCCCGGGAUCGAUGUCUCUCGUGGUUCACCCACCUGCAAGGCAAGCUCGAGGAACGCUGCGACCGAUUGCGGGCCGAAGCCCUCUCGUACACCCUACAGCACGUCAUGGGAGUGACCAACCCGAACCGUUUCCGCGACUACCUCCGGGCCCGCGCCAGGUUGUGCUGCCAGUACCGAAACGUGCGAGUGUUGAUGAGGAUGAAGAUGGCAUUCCUGCACAAGAAGGAGCCUGAGGCGGCGGCGGCGGCGGCGGAGUCGCGAGUGGAACAAAAAAGAGCACUGUCGUACCCCGAGAAAGUCAUGCGUUGGCAGGCCAUGGUGAAACGUGCGAGGCGCAGAUUGGCAAAAGCACAUGCUCGAGCGGCGGCAAAGACUACGAUCCGUUGAAGUUGGCUAUCCUUCACUUGCCGUAACAUGACUCACCAACGACAACAACAAGAAGAUGACU